AUGGGUGCCCUGAUCUUCAUUUUUUUGUUGGCCUUUGUCCAUGCUGAAUUUGCAAGUGCUUCGAGUCCCAUAUUUGGGCCAAGACAGGUGACUGGAUUACUUGGAGGCUCUGUUAAAGUGAAAUGCUUCUACCCUCGCACUAGUGUGAACAGACACAGCCGGAAGUACUGGUGCAAAGAAUCAGCAAGGCAAUGUGCAACCAUCAUUUCUUCCAAUGGCUUUGUUGCCAGACCAUAUGAAGGUAGAGCCUCGCUUACAGACUAUCCAGAGAAUGGCAUAUUCAUCAUAGAAAUAUCACAGUUGCAACAGCGAGACAUAGGGUCAUACAAAUGUGGCGUUGGUCUCAAUGACAGAGGAUUGUCCUUCAGAGUCAAGCUGGAUGUUUCUGAAGAUGCAGUAAUGCCGGAAGAAGCUCAACUCUUUUAUGCUGAGCAGCAUGGAUCCGUGACUAUGACCUGUGCCUUUGGUAAUCAAUAUGCAAGUGCUAGGAAGUACCUAUGCAAGAUGACAAAGUCCCAGUGCCUCAAUAUCAUUGACACUUAUGGAAAGAUUGAUCCCUCCUAUAAAGGAAGAAUUCUGCUGAGCAAUCUUGAGACUCCUGGAUCAUUCAGUAUCAUUAUGACUCAAUUAACAAAGAGCGAUUCAGGGUUAUAUCUCUGUGGAGCUGGCAACUAUGGGGCAGAAGGUGAAUCCAAGAAACUCGAUUUACAUGUUUAUGAAGAAUCUUUGGUGCCCAACAAACAACCAAUUGUAAUGGGAGUGCAAGGUGGUUCAGUCUCUGUCGAAUGUCACUAUGACCCGAAAGAGAAUAACACAAUUAAAUAUUGGUGCAAGUGGAAGGAACGUGGAUGCACUCAGUUAAUAAACAACCUUGGAUAUGUGCCAGAUGACUAUGAGGGAAGGAUAGUGCUGCAUGACAGCCCAGAAAGUGGCAUGUACACCAUCAUAUUGAACCAACUGAGGAAGGAAGAUGAAGGGUACUACUGGUGCAUAGCAGAUGGACAACAUGAAAGGAAGUCAACAACAGAGCUGAAGAUUGUAGAAGGGAAACCCAGUUUAGAAGCAAAUAAUGAAAUCCAGGCUCUUGUAGGCUCACCACUGAAUAUAACAUGCUCUUACGAAUGCAAGUAUGUUCUUUACGAGAAGUAUUGGUGCAAGUGGAAGAACAGUGGGUGUAAACCUCUCAUUGUAUCUGAACAAAAUCAAACUGGUGUGACUGUUGGCUGUGACAAAGACAGAAGAACGUUCACCGUGAACUUUGAUGAAGUAUCCCUAACAGAUCAAGGGUGGUAUUGGUGUGGCGUCAAAAAUGAAGGUCACUAUGGAGAAACGUAUGCAGUAUAUCUGCAAGUGCAUGGAGAACCUUUAAACUCUGAAGAAAUUCCCAGUACUGCUGAAGCACCACAAGAUACUGUUAUUCCUGGAAUAAAUGCUGAAAAUAGGGGUGAGGUCUUAAAAGAAGCCAAGGUAGCUGCUGCGCCUGAGAGUUCGGCAGACAGCCAAGGAGGAAAUAAACAUUCUUCACUUCUUCUAUCCAUUUUGGUUCCCCUGGGAGUCUUGUUUCUGCUUCUCGUAACAAUCUUUGCUAUUGUGAAGCUCAGGAUUUUCAAGCAUUCAGAUCUGGUCUCGGUUGGAAGCUACAGGACAAAUAUAAGCAUGACGGAUUUUGAGAAUGUGAGACAGUUUGGGGCAAAGGACAAUGUGUGCAUGGAAGAUGCUCAUGAGACCCAAAUAGGAGGAAAAGAUGAGUAUGUGACUACUACUGGAAGUCCUAAGGAGGCUGAUAAAUCAAGGAAGACAAAGAGGGGUUCCAAAGAAGAGGUUGAGAUGGCUUACAGCACAUUCCUACUUAUUGCCGAUGACAUUCCACCUCCAAGGAGUUCCCAGGAAACUUAGGAAACUGCAAAAGAGUCUUGUCACAAACACUUCUGAAAACUGGUGAAAGCAAAUUAUGCACUAAUGAUUGA